CCAUACAUUUCGAAAAUCCUCUCGACGAAUAAACCGGUUUUUGAUGGUUCGUCGUUACUUUCCCCUCCAUCAGGGUCUUUUCGUUGAUUCCCCUCCGCUCGCUUCGUUUUGUGUAGUGUGGACGUCUCCAAAAAGCCUAAAAAUGGUCAACGUACCGAAGCAGCGUAGGACUUACUGCAAAAGAUGCAAAGCCCACAAGACUCACAAAGUUUCUCAGUACAAAAAGUCAAAAGAACGUAAACAAUCUCAAGGAAGGAGACGUUAUGACAGGAAGCAGAAGGGUUAUGGUGGUCAAACUAAGCCUAUUUUCAGGAAAAAGGCCAAAACCACAAAGAAGAUCGUACUGAGGAUGGAAUGCUCCGACUGCAAGUACCGUAAACAGCUAGCUUUGAAAAGGUGUAAACAUUUUGAAUUGGGAGGAGACAAGAAACGCAAGGGACAAAUGAUCCAGUUUUAAGAUGGUUUAUUUUUUAUUUCGUUUAUACCCGCUUUUUUUAUCGUUGUACUCUUCUUGACAAAUAAAAUGUUUUUCACCUGUAAAA